GCCCAGACUUGUAAGAGACGUCCUACGAUCAUGGGCAGCAAGAUGCAAGUGGUAAUAGCGGUGCUGUGUCUGGCGCUAGGCUGCCACGGCGCGGCGAUGGCGGGACGCUAUCAGCCCAAGUUCGAGUACAGCAGCGGCGAGAACGGCCAUCAGUACAUCAGCUACAACUACGGCUCUAAUGGCGUGUAUAAGUUCUCAUACCAGCUCAAGGACCAGAGCAGAUAUGAGGAACGCGAUGAGGACGGAGAAGCUCCCGAGGAGACUGAAGACGUGAAGGAGGCGCGCGAGGCCUUCAAGAAUUUCUACGAGGAGACUGUCAAGUACCUAGAGGCUCUCUCAUCUGGCGAGGGCGGUGACCGUGGCAGGGAAAACCUAAAUGAAAAGGAAGAAGAAAGCGACGAAGAUGAAGAGGAUUCAUCCAGUGAAGAAGAUGAGAAUACUGGUGACGAAGAGGAAGGCAGCAGUGAAGAAAACGACGAAGGAAACGAAGAAGAGAGCAGCGAAGAAGAGAACGGCGAAGAAAGUGACGUUGAAGUAGGAAAAGCUGUGAGCCCUCAAAGCUCGAGUAGGAUCUACGACAAUAAGAAGAAAACUGAUAAUAAAACAAAAAGCUCUCCGAAACUUGAAAAAAGCAAUAGAGGCAGCGGGAAAUAUAAGGCAGGAAACUAAUCGUUAACGAAUAUCAGAGAAGGGUGUUUGUACGAAAUUGAUUAUCCCAACAAGAGAUAUCAAUAUCAUAAUUCUAUUUUUAUUUUGUUAUGAAGCUUCCAUUUGCCUUUAAAAACACUUUCUGUAUGUGGGAAUGAUGAAACAAAUUUGCAGAAAUCAUCUACAAGCUAAGAUAAUUUGAGUUACAACAAACCACUACAUGUGUUUAACAUCAUUUCAAAAUUGUGCAUCUAUAACGAUAGUUAUAGAUGCACUUUUAUAGAUGCCUUUGCAACUAAAAAUGCAUAUUGCAUUUCUGGAAGCUUUCAAACUAUGCAGUAUCGCUUCACUCCAACAAUUAAAAAUAGGAAUACAUCAUCAAUGAUUACUGAUUCCAUAAUUUCGAUUCGUACUAAAUUUGUUGUCGUGCUCCCCCAAUUUCUUUCCAACAACACAGAAUUUGAAUAUGUAGCCUCCGCACAGAGCAGCUUAAACUUGUCAAUUGUCAUUCAUGCAGCUUCGGUAUAAUAUUGCAUAACAAUUACCUAAUACAUCGCUUCAAGUUUCACGAUGCAUAAAUUCAAUUUAAAAAAAUUUUUCGGACGUCUAUGCAUAAUCCAGUUCAAUUGGAGCAGUGUAUAAUGUCCAAAUCUACGAAAAAAAUCUGUGUGCGAUAAUCCAACGUUUGUAAAAUAUCUUGCAUAUUGAAUGAUCCGCUAAUUCAUUCUCGGAAAUACCGGAUUAAGUGAAGCGAAUAUUGUUAGUACACAACGCUUUAAAAUUGUCACUACUCGUGUAGUUAAUUUAAAAUUCUCAUCCACCAGUUUUUCAUUAAUAUUUAACUCAUUUUUAUAUGCCAGCUGAGAACUCAAGUUUCAAAGUGUCACCAUGUAUCUGUACUUAUGUAUAUAGUAAUUUAUUCUAAACUAUUUCUUUGUCGUUAGUUAAUAUAAAAAUAUAUGUGUUUAAGCAAUGGUAAAUAAAUAGUAGUAUGGAA